CUGCCGAAGCGAGUGGAGUAACGUUGCAACCAAUUCUUCUCGUCGUUCGUCGGAUCGAUCGUCUAUGUCUUAGGUUUGCGCUUUUUGGCUUGUUCAAGAGGUUCGGAGUCCGCGCGUCCCGCCUAAAGUGUUUUGCUGCGGUUGGUGCUACACAUUUUACUGAAAAGUGGAAAAUAUUCAACUGAGGGCUUCGAGGUGCAGUUUUACAGUUUUAUGUUGAAGUAUUGGCGCAGAGAUCUCCCGUUUGAGACCCGCUACCGGUAGAAGUGACGGAGAAGUUGCAGAGGGGUAGCUCAACGAACGAAAAAAUACGUCCAAGUGGAUAGAUUCUUUUGCCUUUUCUGAAUCAAACAGCAUCCGUCCCAGCAGAGGAGCCACCGAAAGCGUUGCAUACCUUAAUUGUUGUGGAACGCCGUGGACUGUGUGGGUCAAGAAGUUGCAAAGUGGCCGUGCUGUGUUUUGAAGUCGACGUUCCAAGACUGGAUGUUUUCGGGUGGCAUCUUGAUCGGAGUGUAUGUGUGUGCAACCUCUAUAAGGUAGAAAAAGGUUCAAGACAGAAUCAUAGCGAAGACGAUACCGAAGAGCAACGAAAUAGGCUUUUACUUUGUGCUGUUCCAAUUUCUGAGAUCCUCUCGGAAGCAGUGGAGGUGUUGAGAAGCAAAACAUCGACAAAAAACGCAGGCAAAGCUAUAAUAUAGUGGGAAGAGGAUUGCGCUUAAGUGGAAGUGGUGUAUCUGUUUUCGAAGAAAACACGUGGAACCCGAAAGAUUUUGAUUGAAAAGAGGAAUCCCUUUUGGGAGAAAAAAGUGCGCGGGUGGUUUGUUUGACGGGGUUUCGCUACGAUAGUGAGCGUGAGUGGAAAGGAUAACACAAAUUUUAACUGAAUAAAGUGCAUGCAAGUGUGAAAGGAGGAACGCAGAAAAUCAUCAAAACAGUUUUGCGUUUGGAAGUUGGAGUUUUGUUGCAGAGGUGGCGUCAAAAAAAGAAUUUCAAAGUCUAAGACUGUGGAGUGGCAUUGGCGUUUGGAACCGCUAACAGGUACGAAAACCUGAUUUUGUGAACACGCAGAUACGCAGAGGUCGUUGCAUAUGAAAAGGUUCAAAUUUUAGGACUUCCAACGACUUUUUUUGCGCGAAGCAACCGCCGACAGCCGCCGAGUGAGCGUGAUUCGCCUUGCCUUGCCGAUCCGCGCUGCGUCUGGAAACUGGAUCUCGGGUGAACCGGUGGACUGAGUGAGGAGCUGUUAGCUUUGCGAGUUUGGAAGACUCCAGUCAGUGCCUUCGUCGUGUUGGUCUCGAAAGGGCCGUCUUCAGCGUCGUCGUCUUCGCGUGGUGCUAUUAUGAAUUCGAUACCCCACUAGACGCUAGUCGGGUCUAGAGAGUCGGCAUAGAUAAUGAGUCAUAAUGAUACAUAGUGAUAAAAAAUUACUUUACCAAGAGUGAGUAACUUAAUAGGAGCGGAAAAUGCCUUAGAGUCUGUCUGGUGCCGAGUGAGUGAGUGAACCACAGAUAAAUUGCCAGGGAAAAAAGAAGAUGAUAGAAUUGCUUUUCGGAUAGGCGAAGGUUGCUGUUGAUGAUAAGAAAGCUAUUACUUGAGGUUCUCGUCGUCGCUCGUGGAAUACGAAGAAUGUGAUGAUCGAGAAGAAAAGAAGCGAAGUUUUACCAGAAGCAAACGAAAGAAGAUGUGGUAUUUCUACUAUCUAUCGGUUUAAGUGCCUUUCGAACGACCACAUCGCAGCGCGAGUGAAUGUAAUGUAUCUUGUCUGAAGUGUCCUCUUGCCGAAGUGAAAUUCAUAUCUGAAGAGAGAGGGAAGAAAUAUCUCUCUGUAAAAGUUAAGUAAUUAACGUGCCGCGAUACAAGAAAAGCCGCGCGACAACAUCGUCGUCCAACACAUUCCACUCCAAUCCCUCACAGCAUUCCCGUAGUCAUGUCAACAAAUAGUAAUAACUUAAAACUAUCUGGAAAUAUUAUCAGUCUAACAGGCAACAAACAGUCCCAACUACAGAAAUCCAAACUCAAACCCCCACCGGCAGCAACUGUCACUUCAAACGGACACGCCAGUUCGACAGUUGCAGGUCAGCCGACACUGAACGGUGGAGCAAAACCAGUCCAAACUCAACAGAAACAAGUACCAUCGCAAACCCAAUCAGCGGGAUCGCAAAUUCCGCCCCGAUACCAACCACCUCCUCAGCCUCCUGGAGGUAUCCUCAAACACAUCGUACAUAACGGAGGCGCCCCACCAUUGGCCAGGUCCUCAACGGUACCAUCCAUAGCCUAUACUUCCGACCUUAACGGAGGCUUGCACCAUCACCUUAAAUUUCCUCCCGAAAUCCCUAAAACAACCGGGCUAUACAUCCCCGAAAACCUCAAACAUCAACUCAAUCCCAGUCGGUUGGCCGUACCACGAUCCCAUUUGAGAUUCUCCAACCAGCACCACCUUUCUACCACCAACAACCACCCGAAUCAACCUCAACAACCGUCCCAUCAUCUACCGCCACCCCACACUCGCCUAAGCUCGGACUCUUCCUCCGAGGACCAAGCAACGACCAGUUCCACCCGGUCCCUCCAACAACACCUGAACUCCAAACAGCAACCAUCCCCACAACCCAACCAGCAACCUCAGCAACAGCCCCAGGGCCACAUCCAGCAAACCACUGCGAUCGUUCACCACCAUCAACCUCCCAGUCAACAGGCUCCACCAAUUCCUACCAACUCUUCAAACAACAACAACAAUCAGCAACAUCCAAACCAAAAGCAACAGCAACAACAACAUCAGCAGCAACAGGAGAUGCUGAAAUUCGUCCGGAAAGCCGAGUCGGAAACGUCGUCCACGCCGACCUCGUCCAGCGGGGGUCGGAUAUCGGCGAUCGAGCAGAAUCGACACUUUCAGAACCUACUCGCGGAGUUGCGAGCGCUGAAAGAGGCUAACCAGCGGCUAAGCGACGACAACCAGGAGUUGCGCGAUCUGUGCUGCUUCUUGGACGACGACCGGCAGAAGGGACGCAAGUUGGCACGCGAAUGGCAACGAUUCGGACGCUACACGGCCAGCGUGAUGCGGCAGGAAGUUUCCGCUUAUCAGACGAAACUGCGGCAGCUGGACGAUAAGCAGCAGGAGCUGAUUCGCGACAAUUUGGAACUGAAGGAGCUGUGUCUGUAUUUGGACGAAGAACGAUCGAACACCAAUCGGCCGGCGGCGGUUUGUGGAAACUGCGGGGCGGCACCGGGCAGUACCACCAAUGGCAAUGCUGUUCCCCUCCGGGACGACGGAGACGGAAGCAGCUCGAGCACCAAUGCCGACGAGAAUAUACACCAGCUGGGAGGGGGUCAGUUCGGGAGGAAUGGAUUGACGGAACUCAAUCUGCGCUCCGCCCUAAGUGACCAAACCCUGCAAUACGUCCGAUCGCUCGAAUCUCGAAUACGGCAACUGGAGGAAGAGCGGUGCGCCAUCCUCAAGAACGUCCAACCCAUCGGACCCACCAACGGAACGGGACCUCCAGUAUCGAACAACAAUCCCAACAGCAAUCAACCCGCACCCCCAUCGUCAAUUGCUGAUCCCAUAUCCGGUCGACCGGAAGCAGUUGUGCGAGCUCUGCAAGUGCUCGAAGUUCGCGAACAACUCGAACGGGAACGAAUUGGACCCAACAUCCCAACUGACCACCAACUGGACGACGGCGAAAAGGCUCUGGUACGCGAGAUGUGCAAUGUGGUGUGGCGAAAGCUGGAGGAUGCUCCCAACACCGGGAUUGAUCAGCAUGUUUGAUGUCUACUUCUGAAGAGUUCCAUUCUGAAGCAUCACAAUCAAGCAGGACUAGCAUGACUUGGCGCAAUCGGUCGCUGAAAACACAUUCAGAGCACAUGGAGGCUUCCUUGUGUAGCUUAUACCACAGACAAGCAGACGUAACACUUAGUACGAAUUUCACAGUAUCAUCAUUUGAUGAUCAUGUUGUACGAACUCCUGUUUUGUAAACCAAUGCCUGCAGAAAUCGCUGGUGUAAAACGUCAAACACGAAGAAUAACGACGCACGCGCCUCUGGUUGUGAGCUUUGUAACUACGUCAGUGUUACGUCUGAUUGACUGUGCUUAUACUCUUGCCUUACACCUACUUCUUUCUUCCCUCAAAACCUCAACACCGCAACUACGAUGAUGUACAAAUUAAUUAUAAUGAUUCUUCACAAAAAAUAGAAAAAAAAACAUACUGCCAGCGCCGCGCGCGCUCGCGUUUACUCACUACGGAGUAAAUGAGAGACGGCACCAGAUUAUAGUCGGGAACGCGAUGCCGCCGAAAAUGAAAAAAAAAACGAUUGUGUACAGGAAUGCUAACAAAUCAUCGGACGAUAAAACCUUCAAUCCCCAUCCAAAACAAGGAUCGGAUCAAAAUGUGUGGCGCGAUGCAAGAGGGGUUUCAAAAACCCCCUUUCGAAAUCAGUUUACUUACAGGAGAAUGUAACCUAAUCAAUUAAAAUUAACAAAGUAUUUAUCGUCGUUUAUCGUUAUAUUUAUGCCUCCCUACCCGAUUGUUUGCGAAACGGGUUGAAGAGGGGGCCAUUAGGGAUCGAGAUGAGAACGAAAUAUAACUUGGAUUCAAUAUGUAGAUGAUUUGUCAAGGACUUUGUAUCGUAUAUGUAACAUUAUAUCAGAGGAUGGGGCUCGCGUAGAGAUGAAGAAUCAGUAAUACCUUGCAUGUAUGGUUGAACCCAAAUCGAGAUUUGAAUAGGCAUGUAUCUUUGCAUGCCGAGCUUAGA